UACAUUAUUAAUAAGUAACAGGGUCUUGAUUAAAUUUUCAACAUUCAAUAUUUUUCUGCAUAUUGCAUAUUUUAUGCGUUUGUCAAUUUAAUGUUUGUUUGAAGUGUGUCAUACGCGCUGUUAUCUCAGUUAUUAAUAAAAGAAUACGUGUUAAGUACAUAGUAUCGACUUGCAACUCAGAGGUUAAGCUACUAUCGGAAACCUGUUGCGUCUAGAUCUUUUAUAUGUACUCGUAUCGAAGUAUUUACCUAUACGCGCGUAUAGGUACGUCCAUUUUAAAUUUCAUAAAUAUGUUUUAAGUUAAAGCAGUAAUAACACUUUUUUGCCUAACAAUUACAGAUUCUGUGUAGAAUAUAUGCAUUAUUCGUUAUCGUGUUGUUUUAAAAAAAGAAAGACCGGUUUUGUUUCUGAAAAACCCAGAGCAAUACGAGGUCAUGGUAUAUUAACUAUACAUAUACUGUAUACUGCAUUCGGAUGAACGUAGUAGCUGCCAUAGAAUUUAUUCUGCUUGUAUUUAGUUUGUAACUCUGUUAGUGACAAAAUACACGAUAAUGCGUAAUUGUGUGUUUAGACUUAAAUAUUACAGGCGUCGUUGAUACGACAUGCAGUGUAAUUAUUAAGAAAUUAAAACUUCAUUAAAUAUCGAAAAUUUCAAGUCCGUUAUCACAGCUGUCACAUAUUUUCAAGAAAAACUUGAUAUAUGAAUAACUAUACUUACUGAGGAAACGCUUCAAAUGGUAUAUUGAGUAUACAUGCAUAUAUUAGUGCUGAAUGUAAUGUUAAGAUAAGAUCUUGGAGAAAAUGUCGAUACUAUCGGUAUUAUCUCGUCGAUUUAGUAUGUUAACAACAGAUGCAAAACCCGAUCCACCGCGGAUAGAAAUCAGUGGGUAUACACAUAAUCUAAAUUCGAAUACAGAGAAUGAGAAAAUAAAAACAAAAUCAAGAUUUGCUCAUGUUGCUUCAAAAGAGCAGUUUGAAGAAAAUAAUGUAACAUCAUCGGAAAAACAGAAAUCUGUAUUAAAUGGUUCGAUACCAACAAAUACUAAUUCUUCCUCCACUAAACAAAACUUCGACGACGCAAACAAUUCCGCGACUAACGAAAAUCAACAUAAAGGACCAAAUAUUAAAACAAAAAAGAAAUCAAAACAAUAUAAAUACUCACAAGGUACAAAUGUUGUAAAUUACAAUAUAAUUAAUUCGAAUGGUGUGAAAAUUGGUCCCAAAACCAGUUAUAUUUGCAAUAUUAAUCAAUUUCCUAUGAAUAAUGCAGAAAUGUCAGAUGAAAAAUGGUCGAAACCAGAAAUUAGACAAAUGCCAAUCGAAGUUAAACAUCUGUGUUCUUCUACCAAAGAAAUUACUUUAGAGGAUAUAUUUACUAUUAAAACAUACAUAGGACGCAAUUGGAGGGAUGUUGCCAGGAAAUUGUUAUAUACAGAUGGCCAAAUUGAUCAGUUUGAAGAAAAUUAUAGAUUCAAAGGAAUAGGCGAAAUAGUAUAUCAAAUAUUUCUUGAUUGGAAACAAGCAAAUACUAAAGAUGCAGAAAUUGGUAAGUUAAUAAAGGUAUUAUGGGCUUGUCGAGAAUAUGAUUGCGCUGUACAACUUGUAUCUGCUCACAAAAAUUUGGAGUAACUGUACCAUACCAUAUACAUCCUUAAUAAUUUAGCUGAAUAUAAUUAUAUUCAAAUAGCAAUUUGUACAGUUUAUUAUAACUCUUAAUCAUUGAACAAAACACUAUUGCUACUUAUAUCAGAGUAGUAGAAUUUAAUGGAAUAUAAUAUAUUUUACAUACGAAGAGUUAUUUUAUUAUAUAAAUGUUAUUAGUAAACUAAUUUUUAAUUAGUAUAUAUUUUUUAUUACUGCACAGAAUAACAUAUUGUAUAGUUAUAAAUAUGUAUGCACAUUAUAAA